AUGGAUGUCGAGAUGACAAUGGAGUCUCAAGGACUCCCAAAGCAAUUCGGUACAACCUCACAGCAGCCUGAGCCCGAGCGCAUUGCCUCAAACGUAGAAGCGUCCGUAUCGAACGCCGAAAUACCGUCCGCGCCCUCAAUCGAGGUCAAAGCGACACCUAACUCGAGCGAGUCAGCCAUUCCUCAACCUGAGACUUCACACGCCACAAUAAAUGGCGACCAUUCCGAGCCGCGCGUCAACGGGGUUGAAGACUCCAAAGUCGCAGAACCCGAGCUGCCUAGCGCGCCUGUCUCAGUGCCCACGAUGCCAACUGAGUCAGGCCUGCCUCCACAACAGCCUCCGGUAACCUCUUCCAAUGCCACCUCUUUCGCUGACUCGGUCAUUCCAUCUUCAUUGCCCGCUGAAGCGCAGUCGUCCAUUGAAGCCACUGAGAUUACUCAAGCGACGACCGAUACCAUUCCAGAUUCUGUUCCUCAGCCGCCCAUGUCGGACCUGCGGUCGCCACCUCAUGCGGACGAACUUGCACCCGCGCAAGUAGCAGAGAUCGAGGCGCAGAAACACGCGGAAGACAAUGCGGCUGUUGCUGAAGUCCCUUCACAGUCCGAGAUCGCACCCGCUGUGGACUCUACGCCAGCACUUGAGGCACCAUCGGUUCUUGCAGCAUCCUCUCCGAGCGUAGUACCUCAAGUUGCUAAAGUCGGCGAUACUGGUCUAGCUACUCCUCCAAUCCAUACCCCACCACUCGUGCCUCAAGUCGCGUCGGCCAACGUGCCAGACUCCUUGUCAGCAGUCGUACCUCCAGAGAAUCCGGCUGAGCCUACGCCUACUCCUGCCGAGCCCAUCUCGACUCCAGCUGAGCCUACCCCCACCUUAGAAAAGCCGGAGGACGAUGUCAUGACUGAUGCACCACCUGCCAAGGUCGCUCGCGAGCGAGAAGAGGACCAAUCGGAGUCCGAGCGUGCUGCCAAGCGCCUCAAGACUGAUGAACCCGAGUCCAGCUUCAAAGUGCCCAAUGUACCAGCAGCUGCGUCCCCCAGUCCUGCUACCGGUACACCUGCUCCCACCUCGAACGCAAACAAUGACGGCGAUGGCACCAUUACCACAGCGCGCCUAACCCACAUGAAGAAGAUCAUAUCGAACUUGAAGAAAAGCAAAGCGUCUGCGGCAUUCAGACAGCCCGUUGAUCCUGUUGCGCUCAAUAUCCCCACUUAUGUCGAUAUCGUCAAGAACCCAAUGGAUCUUGGCAAGAUCGAUCAGAAACUGAAGACGAACAGCUACUCGAACGUUUCAGAAUUUCGAAGCGAUUUCGAGCUGAUCGUUAGCAAUUGCGUCGCCUUCAAUGGUUCUGAACACGGGGUGACGCAACAGGCAUUUACCAUGCAGACUUCAUUCAACAACCAAAUGCAGCAGCUUCCCAAGGUUCAAUACGCUGAGCCGAGUAAGGAGGAGAAGAAGGCUGCUCGUGCAAAACAAGAGCCGACCCGCACAGCGCCUCCUCGUCGGCCUUCCGUCACGGCUGCUACUCCGCCCGCUAGUCAGGGCACUGCUCGGUCUCCUAGAACGUCUGUCAGCGCAAGCACCCCCGCUUUCGCGCCUGGUCCAGAUGGUGUCCCCCUCAUUCGCCGUGAUAGUAACAUGGCUGACGGAAGACCCAAGCGACAAAUUGUGCCACCCAAGCGCAAUCAAGAGUAUGCUGGUGGUCGACCAAAGAAGAAGAAGUAUGAACUUCAGCUGCGAUUCUGCCAAGAAGUACUGAAGGAGUUGACGGCGCCCAAGAAUUGGGCUAUGAACCAGUACUUCACUCACCCUGUUGACCCAGUGGCUCUCAACAUACCUACUUACUUCCAAAUCAUCAAGAAGCCAAUGGAUCUAAGUACCAUUCAGACCAAGCUUGACAACAAUGUCUAUGAAAAGGCGAAAGACUUUGAGGAGGAUGUUCGGCUUAUCUUCAAGAACUGCUACAAAUUCAACCCUGACGGUGAUUGGGUUCACAACUCGGGAAAGCAACUCGAAUCUCUCUUUAACUCGAGGUGGGCUGGCAAGGAAGACUGGAUCGCGUCCCGCGAACCACAGUCCGAUCCCCAAUCUGAAGCCGAGGACGACGACUCAGAUGACGAGAGCGAGGACGAUGCCGAGGACAGUGAAGUGGAACGCAACGACAAGAUUGCUAUGCUACAGAAGCAAAUCGCCGAGAUGUCGAAGCAGAUGGGUGAGCUGACUCAGAGCAAGGGCUCCAAGAAGAAGAAGUCGAAGUCUCCAAAUGCACCUACUUCAUCCAAGAAAGCCAAGAACAAAUCGAAGAAAGAGAAGCCCAAGACGACAUUCCCUGGGCUCCAGAAGACCGAAAAGAAGAAGUCAGUCCCCAAGGCCAAACCCGAGAGAGAGAAGUUCGUCACGUUCCAGGAAAAGCAGUACAUUUCCAACGGAAUCGCGAUGCUUCCUGAGAAGCAAAUGUCUGAGGCGCUGCGGAUUAUUCAACAGAGUGUUCCAGCUCUCGCUAACAGCAAUGAGUCUGAGAUUGAGCUCGACAUCGAGGAAGUUCCGAACUUCGCUCUCGUCAAGCUCCUCAACUUUGUUAAGAAGUAUGCUGGACCACCUCCUGAGGAGACCAAAGGUGAUGAGGGCUACGUUCCUGCUCCCGCCCCUGCUGCUGCAACCAAAUCUAAGAAAAAUAAGCCCAUGAGCAAGGCUCAGCAAGAGGCUCAAAUCGACGAGCUGAAAGGCAAGCUCAGUGCCUAUGCCGGCGGUCCUGCUAGUCCCGGUGCUAUGCAAUCCAUCGAGAACGAUGAGAGCAGCGAUAACGAUGACUCGGAAGAGAGUGAGGAGGACUGA